AUUAGGAAGAUGAAUGGCAUAACUGGCAUUACAGCUCACUCAGUAACUUCUUUUUCUUCUUCUUCUCCUCCUUCUCCUUCUAGACUCGGACUCGCCCGCGUUGACCCGGUCCGGGUUGACGCUCUUUCUUUCCCUGCUUAACUUGCUCUUGCUAGGGAUAAGCUGAUAGAUGAAUCUGGCGAGCCAUUUUUCGUUCUCAACAGUGAUGUUAUCAGUGAGUACCCACUUAAAGAGAUGAUUGAAUUCCACAAAUCCCAUGGAGGAGAGGCUUCUAUAAUGGUGACAAAGGUUGAUGAGCCAUCAAAAUACGGUGUGGUUGUGAUGGAGGAGAAAACGGGGAAGGUUGAGAAAUUUGUGGAGAAGCCAAAGCUCUUUGUUGGUAACAAAAUUAAUGCUGGAAUCUACCUGUUGAACCCCUCUGUCUUGGACCGAAUUGAACUGAGGCCCACUUCUAUUGAGAAAGAGGUGUUUCCAAAGAUUGCAGCAGAGGAAAAGUUAUAUGCAAUGGUUCUGCCUGGGUUCUGGAUGGAUAUUGGACAACCAAAGGACUACAUUACCGGUCUGAGACUCUACUUGGAUUCAUUGAGAAAGAAGUCUUCUCCUAAGUUGGCUAGUGGCGCACACAUUGUUGGGAAUGUCAUUGUGGAUGAGACCGCCAAAAUUGGCGAGGGAUGCCUCAUUGGACCUGAUGUCGCCAUUGGUCCUGGCUGCAUUGUUGAGUCAGGUGUGCGACUCUCACGCUGCACGGUAAUGCGAGGAGUCCGGAUCAAGAAGCAUGCUUGUGUAUCCAGUAGUAUUAUUGGAUGGCAUUCCACAGUUGGGCAAUGGGCACGAGUGGAGAAUAUGACUAUCCUUGGAGAAGAUGUCCAUGUUUGCGAUGAAAUUUAUACCAAUGGUGGCGUGAUUUUGCCUCACAAAGAGAUCAAGUCAAGUAUUCUGAAGCCAGAGAUAGUCAUGUGAGGUUAAUGUUCAAACUGGUAGCAAUGUGAUGAGGAGGCAGUAAGUUAUUGAGUUGAAAUUCUGUUGGUUUGUUUCAUCUGUUUUCCUUUCAUGCCUUCAUUCCUUUUGUUUUCUCUUGUCCUGCAUAGUGUACAAGUCAGUUCUUUGUUUAGAACGAAUGAUGCCAUUGCGAUGUUGAAAGGCCACAAUCUUUGUAAAUGGCAAGUUUGGUCUUUUGUGUAAAAGUUGUCUAAUUUUAAGUGUAAGUAUAGAAAUAAAUUAUUAAUUAGUUGUUUAUUUCCAUCUGUUGGUAGCAAGGAUCAAGAAGCCAAGGAAGAGUUCAAUCAUCUUUAUAGGGAAAGCUAAGGGUUUUUAUGA